AUGUCGUCGGCGGCGGGGACACCAUCGGACUGCGGAGGGGAUAGGCCGUGGCAGUCAUACCACACCGCCUACGCCAACGCCAAAGCUGGAAUGGAGGGAGUUGACAAAGAGAAGGUGCAGAAGAUGAUCUAUGAAAUGAGCAAGGAAGCAUCUCCAAGUCCUACAGCCUGGGUCAUCUCUGUCACCAACACAUACAACCUGGGAACACGAGCUCUGGCGGCAACACAAGGAGCAGGCCAGAGAAGCACAGGGCAGCUGCUACUAGAGCUCUGCUGCUGCUGGUCAACACGAAUAUUGAGCUGCGGAUCGAUUUCACUCUGUAUCAACAGAGGAGCACUGACAAGCGAGCUGCGGAUCAAUUUCACUCUGUAUCAGCUGCAGGAUCAGAGCGGAGUAGCAGAGGUAGAGCCGGAGGCCUCGGGGGUCGGGGGCGGGGAUCGGAGGGCGUCGGCAGCAGAGGCGUCGCCCGCCACCACCACCUCAACCAGCCGGCGAGCCAAAGUGGACCAGCACGGCGGCAGUGAGCGGCGGAGUCGUGGGCGGAGUGGACCAGCGCGGCGGCGGUCGGUGGUGGAGGACCCGCUCGUCGGUGGCCGGCGGAGGACCCGCUCGUCGGUGGCCGGCGGAGAUCCUCCUCCUGGGCGGGCGGCGGAGUCCUCGUGGACGGGCGGCGGAGAUCCUUGUCGUGGGCAGCGGAGGUCUUGUUCGUGGGUGGGCUCGUCGGUGUCUCAGGAACUGCGGCGGCUGGCCGUGGCGACGCGGGCGACGGGAGGAGGGAGAUGGGGGCUUAAUUUCUAGAAUUUUGAAAGUGGAAGGACUAAAAUGCAAAAAAUCAAAUGUACUACCCGCGACAUGUUUUUCGGGACGGAGGGAGUAUAUAAUUUUGAUUUCUGGAA